CGGCUCGGCCCCCGUGCGCCUGCGCCAACUCUUUCCUGGCUGCCCCGGUCCCGGCUCGGCGGCUCCGGCGCUCUCGGGCUUUUCAUGGAAGAGAUGUCGGGAGAAAGUGUGGUGAGCUCAGCGGUGCCAGCUGCUUCCACCCGCACCACUUCCUUCAAGGGGACGAGCCCCAGCUCCAAGUACGUGAAGCUCAAUGUGGGGGGCGCCCUCUACUACACCACCAUGCAGACCCUCACCAAGCAGGACACCAUGCUGAAGGCCAUGUUCAGCGGAAGGAUGGAGGUGCUCACUGACAGCGAAGGUUGGAUCCUCAUUGACCGGUGUGGGAAACACUUUGGUACGAUCCUCAACUAUUUACGGGAUGGGGCUGUUCCACUGCCCGAGAGCCGCCGGGAAGUUGAGGAGCUCCUGGCAGAGGCCAAGUACUACCUGGUCCAGGGCCUGGUGGACGAGUGCCUGGCAGCCUUGCAGAACAAAGACUCCUAUGAACCAUUCUGCAAGGUCCCUGUGAUCACCUCCUCCAAAGAGGAGCAGAAACUGAUAGCAACGUCCAACAAGCCAGCAGUGAAGUUGCUUUACAACAGAAGUAACAACAAGUAUUCUUACACCAGCAAUUCUGAUGACAACAUGUUGAAAAACAUUGAGCUGUUUGACAAGCUGUCACUGCGUUUCAACGGGAGGGUCCUGUUUAUCAAGGAUGUCAUUGGUGAUGAGAUCUGCUGCUGGUCCUUCUACGGUCAGGGCCGGAAGAUUGCGGAAGUCUGCUGUACAUCCAUCGUCUACGCCACAGAGAAGAAGCAGACCAAGGUGGAGUUCCCAGAGGCCCGCAUUUAUGAGGAAACCCUGAAUAUUUUGCUGUAUGAGGCUCAGGAUGGCCGAGGCCCCGACAAUGCACUUUUGGAGGCGACGGGUGGUGCUGCCGGCCGCUCCCACCACCUGGAUGAGGAUGAAGAGCGAGAGAGGAUUGAGCGUGUGCGUCGGAUCCAUAUCAAGCGCCCCGAUGACCGGGCACACCUCCACCAGUGAGCAGUCCAGUCACCCCCUCUGUGCUACUCGCAGAGACUGCCCCCAGGCACUCAGGCAAUGUUGAGAGUCUGUCGAGUCUGGAAACGGUAUUUUAUAACAAACUAGAUCGUUCUUUUGGUAUUUCUUGGCAAAGUGAAUUGGUUCUGUCACAGGGACGCUCUUUACCCUGGGACUGCUCAUGCUGCAUCUGUCAUUUUUCCUCUUUCCCUGCACGUGAACAAGUCUCUGGGGAAAGCAUUGCCCAGUCCUGGGGGUGAAGAGUGUGGGUGCAACAGUGAGGACUUUCAUUUUCAGUAUUUAUUUUUGGUGAGAAACCCUCGGGGUCAGCUCUGAGCAACCUGCAGAUCGCCUGAGGUGGGGGGCUCCCUCCCGUGGGUCAGCUGCACGUGUCACAGAGCUCUGCAGUCCCCAAGGCUGCCCUGAGCUGGUCUCUGCCCAUCCCGAGGGGAAGCUCAGGGCUGUAGGCUUGUCCCACUGCUAUGCCGCCCCCCUCCCAGGCGGCACGUACAGUAUUUCCAUGGCCAAAAGGCAAAAAAAAGCAACAGCAAAACCUUCUCAAAUGGGAAUUUCUUUUCUCUUAGAACAAUCAUGUGCAUCUUGUGGCCAAGGAAAUAGCCCCUUAGCAUAAGGACGCAGCAGAGUUGGGUCCAUAAAGGAACCCCAUGUUCCAUCCUGCCCUUCGGCCAGGAGCUCCAUUCACUGGCCCACUAGGCUGUGGGCAGGGCUCUGGCCACAACCCCCCAAGUGUCUGGUUAAGAAUCUGGCUGGGGGCAGGGCGGGGGCAGAUCAGCUCUGCGUGGCCAGUGGGACACAGCCAGGACAGCAGACAGCCAACAGGCCAGGCGGACCCCACUGUCCAGCCAUGUUCUCUGUUACAAUACUGACAAUGAGUGGGGGUCAUAGCCUAGCGACUGGGGCCGGACCUGGGGCUUUCUUGGUCUCGGGAGCUCCCAAGGCAGGUCCGUCUAUCACUGUGGGUCAGCACUUUUCAGCCAUUGACUGUCGUAGGGAGUUGUCUUCAUCACUAAGCAGUUAGUCACACAUCCUGUAGCUGCCAGUGUCAGGUUUUGAACCUGAGUCUUCCUGGCUCCGAGGCAGGCUCUCUAUUCAGCAGCUCCUUGGCUUUGGCCCUUCCCCCACCCCCUGCCAUGCCUCCUGAGAGGCAGGACUGGCCAUCAGCAGACUAGGGUGGGUCUUUCGGAGUCAGGAUUCUGGAAAUGAUGACUUCUUCAGCCCCUUGCCCGCGCAGAGCCAGGAGACUCGGCCCCUGCCCUGCCCCAUCCCCUCCCGCCCUGGAGCAGAGGCUCCAAGAGAGAAGCUCAGACUCUGAGGAGAAUGUCCUCAUGUUUUGUAGCAUCUUCUUCAUCACAACCAGCCAGGGAGAGAAUGUGACUAUCAAUAGCCCCAUGUUACUGUUGAAGAAGCUGAGAGCCGCUUGUGUCCCACCCACCAUUAUCCGGCUGGUCCGUAUCAGAGUCAGGCCUCAAACCCUGGCCUUCUGCCUUUCCUUACUGUAAAUAAGAGAAUGUUCCCAGCAGGGGUCUAGGCCUUACCUCUGGGUCUCUGUGGUUUGGGCCCCGGCUUGGGGUCAUCAGAAGUGCUCAUUCAGCACUCUGACAGGAUGUACAGAUACCUUGGAAAUGUCCUCUUCUGCCUGUUUGUUUUUGCCACUUUCAGAGAAUAGAAAAAGGAUGUGUUUGUGUGACUGAGAGAGUGAGUCGUGUUGCCCCCUGCCCCUGGGCCAAGGGGGUGAGUGGGUGUGCGGUGGGCAGGGCCACAGUAGCUACCUCCCUGUUGUCUAUUUGCCGCAAGGGAACGGAAGGGGGAGAUUCGGGCCUGUGACGGCAAAGAGAUAACGGACAUGAAUGAGAGAAAAUGCCUGUGUACUGACCAGAGGGGUGUUUGAGUUUUAUACCAAAGCAUUAGUUGUGGCACGUUUGAGUAUUAUCAGACAAGGUUUUUCUGUGAGUCUAUUUCUGUACUAAAGCGGCUUCUUGUGACUUAAGCCAUAUGCUCUCAGAGGGACUUGGCCUGUAAGCGAUUGGAAGGGAGCGGGUUUUUAAAAUGCUGUGACAUUGUCUUCUGUUACCUUCCCCCUUGCCAUCCCCAAGCCCGUAGAGAUCAGAAAAUCACACCCAGACCACGUCUGACUAUCCUAAUCAUGUAUUCAUCAGCCAAAGGCUGAGAUCGGUUGCUUUGUACAAAAUGUUCCCGACUCGGUUUACCAAGUCAGGCUUCACCUGCAAGGUGUCUUCUUCCCCCAAAAAAUGAAUUUGAAAAGAACUUUGUGUUGAUUGGGAUUUAAACUUCCCACCUGAAUGAUAUACACUGUGGGGCCUCUGGAGAGAUUGAGACAAGCUCCCUGCCCCUCUGCUGGGUGGGCUUUGUGAAUCAGGUCACAUCAUACAAUGAUAAAACAUCAUCAAUGUAGGUAGGCCUUAGAGGUGUCCAUUGUAUUGGAGAAGUCACUGUCUAAUUACUCUUCAAAAGUGUCAUUAGUCUAGAAUUUAUCAUUCACAUAAUAAAACCUGGACUUGGUUAGUACUUCCACGGUCAAGAUGACAUUUCUGACAAUUUGCCUUUUCCUUCCAUCUCAGUCUCCCAUACAUACAGCCACAAGAAUGGCUCAGCUUGGGGGAAGACCAGGUGGUCCCAAGGUUGAUGUGGCACUGACCAAAGUGACCUCCUAGGGACCCCAAGCCUAUGUCUCUCCAGACCCUGCAGAGAAGGGGAAAAGCCCCCAGGCGGAGGAGGCACCAAGAAAAAAGCCAGUUGGCGUCUCAGAACCAUAACUCAAUCCAAUGAUGCUGGAACCACACACUUCCUUUACUCUGUCACAUUGUGACUGGUUUUAAUUUCUUUCCCUUUGUGGCAAAAAGACAAAUCAUGGUUCUAUCGGAACUCCCCAGCCUUGUCUGUCCUCAGCUAGCCCAUCCCUAUGGUUGCCAACCACAUCCCGGAGGCCAAGAUGCUGUGUCUUGUUCUUCAAGUAGGGUGCACUUAGGAGCCCAGAAUACCAACUUAGGGCCAGCCACAAAGCAAGAAGGGAAAAGAGGUCCUAAGCUAAUCCCCUGAUUCCUGAAGCUGUCCUGACCCUUUCGAGAUCAAACUUUGUCCUCCUUUGUGAAUUGACUCGCUGACCAUACUGGACCAAGAAUUUGCUGUUAGGUCUUUUCUCACAAAUCCAAAUUUUCAUUUAUCCUCUGAAACUAAACUUAGCUUUAUGUUCCCAUCCCAUAAAGUGAUGAGAGAUGCCAUCAAUCUGACAAAAUUCAAGGAACAUUUAUUAAAUGCCAUGUAUUGGCGCUGACUGAUCCAACCCCAAGCAGAAAGAUAAGCCAGGUUCUAGAUUCGGCCCCAACCCCAAGUAGGACAAGAAACUAGGUUCUAGAUUUGGCUAUUACUUGCAGCCAUUUUUCUAGUGACACUUCAGAGGUUAGAAGUUAAUUUCGACUGCUUAAGAGAGGUCAAAUAUCAGCCCAACACUUAGUCAAAAAUAGUCCAUUUUAUUGCACAAUUACAAAAAUGAGUUUUAGCACAGCUUCGAAAGAGGUGGGGGACACAAAGUUACUGCUGCUCCUGUCACACUGACUGCUCUUUCCAGGAGACUCAGUUCUGGCCUCUUUCAUCCCAUGCCCAAGACAUUCAGUCACCCAGCACACUCCCUGCAGAGUCUGCCAGGAGAGUGGACUUUCUGAGCCACACGUGAGCACGAUGGUCACUGUGCUGAAGCCUUAGUUUAGUCCAGUCUUUGCUAACACGUAUUUCUGUAUCCUUCGAAGAAACUGUCAGACUGAAACUCUUAACAUUCGUGGACCGUGUCUGGCCCAUGGGCACAUCAUGGACCAUGACUGUGAAGGGGACAAUAGGCGUGAUUCAGCUCCUGUAGAGUUGCGAUAGUAGGAUACUUUCGUGUUGAGUGUACUUUUAACUAGAGGUUCACCAAAAAUAUCACUUUAGCACAUUCAGAUGUCUUAUACUAACUGCCCUCCCUUAAAGCUAUGCACAAAAUGCUUGUGUUUUGUUUUGGUUUGUUUUUAGAAAUAUUCAAUGUUUAUAAGUUACAAGCAUUUGUCUAUACAUAUAUAUAUGCAAAAUAAAAUUAUAUAAAGGACUUCUA